AUUUCUGGCCUGCUGCUGUCCAGGCUGGGGUACAACUUGUUUGGGCGAAUGCGAUCCUAGCUGGAACCCCUGCGUGGAUUGUUGCUGUGCUCCUUGUGCCCGCCGCUAUCGCCGUUUCCCAUACUCGCUCAUACGGCACCAGAUCUAGUCAGAAGUCUUGGCUUCAGCCUUGACAGCCGCGUGUUCUGGAGAGUGACGACAACCGGCCACUCAGUCCUUGAACUCUGAAGCAUUCGUGCAUACUUCCACAUGUGUCGGUGACCGUCGCGGGUUGCCACAAAUUGCUCGCCCACUUUUGUCUGGGCUGCAGCUCUGAGUUCUUCACGCUAUCGGUUGAGCACCUGGCCACGUAAGCCCGCACUGUCGAUAUGGGUGCCGUGCUCUCCAUCCUCAACACGCUUGGGAUAGCCAUCAAGGUCCUGCUCCAGGCCAACAAAGACUUGCAGGAAGUCCUCCAGCGAGCCAGUCAAGCGCCAGGACUGCCAAAUCCCAAGCCUACAGCCUCGUACUGGCUCGAGGACCCUCCGUACCCAGAGCUCGUCGAUGCUCAGUCUCCAGUCCUGCCCGAGACUGCAGACAUUGUAAUCAUCGGAUCCGGUAUCACGGGAGCAGCGGUCGCUUGGUCGAUUCUGCAGCAGUUUGCCCCGUCGAGCCCUGGAACGACCGAUGGUGCAGACUACGAUGACAAGCAACAGCAGAAGGAUCACCAGUCUCGCCCACCUCGCAUCGUCGUGCUGGAGGCACGCAGCUUAUGCUCCGGCGCAACGGGCCGGAAUGGCGGCCACAUCAAGCCGUCUCCGCAUGAGACAUUUGCCGACCUCAAAGGUAGACUGGGACCCGCGAGGGCUGCUGAGUUGGUACGAUUCCAGUUGAAGCAUGUUGAGAUGCUGCCGAAGCUGUGCGCCAGCCAACAAUGGGACGCUGCCGAGUGCAGGCACGUCAAGACCAGCGACAUGUACAUUGACGAGAAGCACCGGGAUGGGUCAUUUUCUCAAGUCCGGGAGUUGAGAAAUUGGGUCCCCGAAUGCAAGAUUGACUGUCUUCACGAAGAGGAAGCACAAAAGACCUUGGGUGUCAAUAGCUUCAUCAAAGGGGCAAUCACCUACACGGCCGGUGCUCUUUGGCCAUUCCGGUUCGUGUCGUGCGUCUGGAAGUCUCUCCUUGAGGACUUUCCAGAUCACAUCUCGCUCGAAACGCACGCGCCAGUCACAUCCAUAGCAACCACGGCUUCAUCUUCUUCAGGGCAUGCUUACCAGGUCGGCACUCCGCGAGGCAUCAUAAAAUGUAGACACGUCGUCCACGCCACAAACGCCUUUGCUGGCCAGUACAUCCCCGGCUUCCGCGGGAAGAUCACGGGAGCUCUAGCACACAUGACCGCACAGAGGCCUGGCACCAAGUUUCCGCAGAGUGACGGCAGUCAGUCGUGGUCCCUUGUAUACGGCAACGCGUUCGACUACACAACGCAGCGACCGCAAGGCCCUGAUGGCUCAGCUGGUGACAUCAUGCAUGGCGGUGGACUAAAUCGUGGUGCCAACGAAGGCAUGAGUGCUUUUGGAGUCUGGGACGACAGCAUCACAGACCCGUUACCUAUGGCACAUCUAGGCGGUGUCCUGCCGACGAUUUUCGAGCCGAGCUGGGGUCCAGACGCGCCCGAGGGCCGCAUCAAGAAGAGCUGGACCGGCAUCGUCGCAGCAACGGGAGACUGGCUGCCAUUUGUCGGGCGGCUGGAUCCCACGCUGACUGGUCGUUCGCCUUUGAGCAGUGACUCAACAUCACAUUCCAGCUCCGGGGCAGGCCCCGGGUAUUCUGGAGUGCCUCCGGGCGAAUGGGUCUCGGCUGGAUAUUGUGGCGAUGGCAUGGUCUGGGCUUGGCUGUGUGGCACGGCAUUGGGACUCAUGAUCUCCGGCGCCGAGCUGCGGGAGCUGGCCGAGGCUCCAGGCCGUCCUGGUGGCCGGGUGGUUGACUGGUUCCCACAUGAGCUGCUUGCCACGCCGGCGAGAGUGAAGAAGGCUGGCCUAGAGGGGCUGGCUGAGAGAUUCGCAUGAACCGUGCUGAGAGUUUCUAUGUGAUCCAGGAAACCGCGGCUGGUCGCGAACCCAGAUCCGGUCUCGGAAUUGGUGUAUGUUGCUUCGGUUAGAUUACUCAAAUUAACGGAGUUCUACAUGUGAA